AGUCAGCGGGUACUGGCUGUGGUCUUCAAGCCGAAUUCGGUAACAACGUAGUCACCCAUCUGAUCCCAUAAGCAACGCCGUGGGCUGUUCGGCGGUCACGUUUUCGGUGAAACGGGUCUCGUGCUACUACCUCGAGGCUCUGCAAAUGUGAAAAGAAGCCGCCGAGAGUCUCCAAUAGUCUUCGUGGAGUGAAACACACGGAUGUCCAUUGCGAACGAAGUCUCCGAAAUUUGUCGUCCCACAACCGGAACCGCAGGAUAAGUCGGGGAAAUCUUCUCGAAUAUGCUACCCCCCGACUUCGGAAACGACGGGCCGAAUUCAUUGAGCCAGGAACUCGAGCGCGGCAUGGACGCUUUCGACAAUGUGCCCUCGGACGGAGCACCGAGAGAAAAUCUCAUCACGACCGCCACGAAUUUCCUCCUCAACCCGAAAAUCAACCGAGAUACGGAAAACGAACAGCGAGCUUUCCUCCAGCGGAAAGGACUCACCCCCGUCGAGAUCGACACGGCUUUCCAGAGACGGAUGGCUCUCAUGACGGGUCCUGCAGCUCUAGCCGGUUUUCUCAGUACCCCAAAACGCUCGAAAAGUUGGGCCGACACCUUACACCGCUUUGCGAUGAGUGUCGCAGUGUUCGGCUCCGCAAGCUACGCUCUGUACUGGUUUUUCAAGACAUACGUUGAGCCGAGACUGUCACAAAAUCGGACAGAGCAGAUCCUGACCGAAAUGCUCCAGGAAAUAAAGAGGAAAUCCGAAACCGACGCGGAAUGCGCGAUCAAGACCAUGAAAGCGAUCGCCGAGCUCCGUGAUGAGAUGGCUGCGAUGAAACGGAUGCUGCUCGCGAGGAAUCAGUUCCCAGCAUCCCCGACGCCAACCGGUGUCCCACAAGCGGUAAAAAUCCCGCAAUGGCAACAGAACCACCAGACACCUACCUUGAAGAAGGAAGAAGUGGAAGCAUCCCCGCCCCUGAGCAUCGACGCAUCGGCCGAGAAGGAAGAGAGUGCCCCGGAUUCGGGAAUAUCCCCAGAAGUCACAAGCUCGGAUGGUGAGCCCCAGGAAAGAGAGGUGAAGGACAAACCACGCAGCAGCAAGAAGAAGCGCGGUGCAUACUGCUGAAAAGGAAAAGGCUCGACGACUCUCCUGUGAAUCACCGCGGAUACUUCAGAGACCGUAAAUUCUGCUAGACGGAAGUCACCGAGGUUCAUCAUGAAAUGACAUACGUACAUACAUACAUAUAUAUAUAAGAUGUUUACGUUUCACAGCUUGCGCCUGUGCGGGCUUCAGACACUCUGUGAUGAAAAAACGAUUAUCGAAGUCGGGUGCGACCGUCUUACGCUUGUGUAGGUAACGAGUAAUGACAAUUGGGAUACUUACAAUAUUUAGAGAAGAGGAAUGAGUCGGUCGCAUCUCAAGACGGUGGAGGGCUUCUCGGUGUUACUGUAAAUUUCUUCCGGGUGUGGGCUUCGAAAGCGGCCAGUCAGAAAGACGUCUCUGAGAUAAACGAGAGUAUCUUUGGAAAG